GUCCGGAGGGCGACCUGGCUGUGGUGAUGCCGCUAGCCGCGCGGCCGCACGGCCCGGGGCUGGUCCCCGCCGCCGCCGGCAAGCCGCCAAGCCUGCCUCCGCCGGCACAGGCCCGCUCUCGCGCCCCUCCCCUCGGCUACGCUGCGUGCUCCUUGCCAUCCCGUGAAGGCGGACGCAGGUCCAUCCAGCGCGCUGUCCGGGCUCACCAGUCUACAGUAAUGAGUCGGUGCCCUAGCAACCUCCAAAGUUGCCCAAACAAAGGUGAUUUGGUGAUGGAGGCUUUGUUGGAAGGAAUGCAAAAUCGGGGCCAUGGCGGGGGAUUUUUGACAUCUUGUGAAGCAGAACUUCAGGAGCUCAUGAAACAGAUUGACAUAAUGGUGGCUCAUAAAAAAUCUGAAUGGGAAGGUCAAACACAUGCUCUGGAAACUCGCUUAGACAUCCGUGAACAGGAACUUAAGACUCUUAGGAGUCAGUUGGAUAUGAAACAUAAAGAGGUUGGAGUAUUGCGUCAGCAAGUAGAAGAACAUGAAAAAGUCAAGCAAGAAAUGGCCAUGGAGUAUAAGCAAGAGUUAAUGAAACUACAUGAAGAAUUAGGCAGACUGAAGAGAAGCUAUGAAAAGCUACAAAAAAAGCAUAUAAGAGACUCCAGAGGAAACACCAAAAGUCACAGGGAGGAUCGGUGUGAAAUCGAGAGGUUAACUGGAAAAAUAGAGGAAUUCCGUCAGAAAUCACUGGACUGGGAGAAGCAACGCUUGAUUUAUCAGCAACAGGUAUCUUCUCUGGAGGCACAAAGGAAGGCCCUGGCUGAACAAUCAGAGAUAAUUCAGGCUCAGCUUGCCAAUCGGAAACAGAAAUUAGAGUCUGUGGAGAUGUCCAGCCAGUCAGAAAUUCAGCACCUUAGCAGUAAACUGGAACGGGCCAAUGAUACCAUCUGUGCCAAUGAGUUGGAAAUAGAGCGCCUCACCAUGAAAGUCAAUGACUUGGUUGGAACCAACAUGACUGUUCUACAGGAGCAGCGGCAAAAAGAUGAAGAAUUGAAAGAAUCUGAAAAACUGUUAGAGAUUUUACGAGAGGAGAAGAGAGAAUUGAAAGCAGCACUUCAGUCGCAAGAAAAUUUCAUCCGUGAAGCAAGACUUCAAAAGGAGACGCUACAAGCAAAAUUAAGGUUGACUGACACUCGGUCACUGGAAGAGCCUCAGUCGGAAAGGAGGUGCAACUCUCAAGGGCGAGAGGACUUAGAAAAUGUGCUCUCCCAGCUGGAUUUCACCCACACUAGUGAGGAACUUCUGCAGGCAGAGGUGACCCGUCUUGAAGGCAGCUUGGAAUCUGUGAGUACAACAUGUAAACAACUGAGUCAAGAAUUAAUGGAAAAAUAUGAAGAAUUGAAGAAGAUGGAAGGACAUAACAAUGAGUACAGAACAGAGAUUAAAAAAUUGAAAGAACAGAUUUUACAGGCUGAACAAACUUACAGUUCUGCACUAGAAGGAAUGAAGAUGGAAAUCUCCCAGCUAACUCGGGAGUUGCAUCAGCGAGACAUCACUAUUGCUUCCACCAAAGGUUCUUCCUCAGACAUGGAAAAGCGACUCAAAGCAGAGAUACAGAAGGCAGAAGAAAAAGCAGUAGAGCACAAGGAGACUUUGGAUCAGCUGGAGUCACUCAAGUUAGAAAAUCGUCAUCUCUCUGAAACAGUGAUGAAAUUGGAAUUGGGUUUUCGUGAGGCAAAAGAGAUUUCUCUAGCAGACCUCCAGGAGAAUUAUAUUGAGGCAUUAAAUAAAUUAGUGUCUGAGAAUCAACAACUACAGAAAGAGUUGAUGGAUACCAAAUCUAAGCUGGAGGUUUCCACUCAGAUGUGCCCCCCCAAAACUGACAGGAUUUUUAAAGCGGCACACAGCAGAGCUACUGAGUUCAAGAAUACAGAGUUCAAGCCACCCCAUUGCCAGCACAGACAGGGUGGAAUAAAGACUGAGCACUACAAAGCAGGUUUUCGGUCUCCUCCGAGAGGACAAGCAUCGGAUAGCUUAGAGCCUGUGUCCAGAACCCUCAGCCCCCUGAGUCCUCAAACCAGCCCUUGCAGCUCCACCAUCUCUUUGCCUUCUAACUUUCUGUGUAAAACUUUGCCUUCAGUGUUAGAUGCAAAUGAUGCCAAUUUCUCUGACACUGUGUCUGAGAGUAUGAAUGACCAAGACGAGUUUAUAUCUUUGUGUCCUUUGCCUGUAUCUCCCCUUGGUUCAAUAGCUACAAGAUUUUUGGAAGAGGAGGAACUGAGAUCUCAUCAUAUUCUAGAGCGUCUGGAUGCCCAUAUCGAAGAACUGAAAAGAGAGAGUGAAAAGACAGUGAAACAAUUCACAGCUCUAAAGUAGCCUCUUAAAAAAUCACAGGCUUGGAAAUAAAAAUAAAACCAAAGAGUUACUGUCUCUUGAAGUCAUGACUCUUUAAAAACGUGAGCAUAUAAAAAUUAUGAAGAUGCUACAUACUAAAGCAGUUGUGAAGAAAUCUGAAGAGUUGAUUACCUCUGUUAGUCAUUUUCACUGCACUAGUUUAUUUGAAGGACUUCUUCCAGCAAUAACUUGUAAGAAUAAACCUCUUUGCUAGACUUUUUUCUCAUAUUAAUAUUUAUUAUCAUAAAGUGAUACUUUCUCUUGCUGACUUAAAUGUGAAUAGCUGUCUGCUAAUUAAAAUAAAGAUUUUAUGACACAUGUUGGAAAUAAAGUAACUACAGGGACUUCCUUUAAGGGAAGUACAUAGUUGAAGCAUGGAUUUAAGAGUCAAAUUGAUUGAUACUGGUGGUACUGGUUUUGUCACUUAUUAGCCAUGUAAAAUUGUGCUGGUUAUUUACAUUCUGUAAACCUCAGGGGAGGACAUCACUUAUUUUAUGAGGAUUAAAUGGGAAUUCCUGGGUUAGGAUGACAGGAAAGAACUAGUCUGGUAUCUUCGAGUAUAAUGUGCCAAGUUGGGCUGGAAAUGUGUAAUGAGGGCCAUUCUAAGGAACCUUGACAACAAGCACACUCUUGCUCAUAACUCAAGUAUUAGGCAGAGAAGGCAGGGGCUGGGUUUAGUGUGUGGUGCCUGAGGGACAUCCACAGAGAAUUUUCAGGAUCUGCAUUGCUGAGGAGAGGAUCAGACAGGGAUCAAAAUCUAGAUGUCAUCAGUGUGCAGGAGGCGUUUGAAACCAUGAUUAUUCAUGAGAUUGAGGAGAAUAUAUAGACAAAAGAGAACCCUUGGGGCUGUGAGCGAUGCCAGCU